AUGAAUAUUGUUUCAAGAGUAACCAACAAGUUACCUAAUAUUCAAAUUCUUUCAAAAAACACCAAAUUCAAAUUGUAUUCCCAGGCGGAUCUACAGGUGCAAAAACAUCUAAAAAAACCUCCACAUUAUCUUGAUUUUUGUAAAGAGUUCACAGAUGGUGGAGACUCUGAAUUAUUACAACAAAACAUGAUUAAUAGCAUGACAGUGCAUAAUGACUUUCUCAGUGAAAAUGAGGAGCAAUCAAUUUUAGAUGAAAUAGAGCCAUACAUGAAGAGAUUGCAUUAUGAAUUUGAUCAUUGGGAUGAUGCCAUACAUGGUUAUAGAGAAACAGAAAGACUGAAAUGGAAUGAGCAGAACACAAAAAUUAUAGAUAGGGUUCGCAGAAAAGCCUUUCCUCCUAAUGUAGCCCAAUUGAAAUUUGUACAUAUUCUAGAUUUAGAGAAGAAUGGUUAUAUCAAACCCCAUAUAGAUGCAGUGAGGUUUUGUGGUGAUACCAUUGCUGGAUUAAGCCUACUUUCUGAUAGUGUAAUGAGACUGGUUCAUGAUAAGAAUAAGACAUUAUUUGCUGAUAUCUUGCUCAAGAGGAGGUCUUUAUAUAUAAUGAAAGAUAGUGCUCGUUUUGAUUAUAAACAUGAAAUUCUAAACAAUGAGAACAGUAUUUUCAAAGGAGAAAGAGUAUUGAAGGAGAGAAGAAUAUCUGUGAUUUGUAGAAAUCAACCAGAUCCUGGAAAGAAGAAUUCAUGA